UCCACCACGAUCUGGAGGCUAUCCGCGGCACAGCUGUGGUGGGAUUCCCACCCUCGCUGCAAGACAAGGUGACGAUUAGGUUGGACUAAUGUUGACAGUGAAGUCCUCGGAGUGGGUGGCCCCUUGGAACAGCCAGCUGAGGUCUGAAAGACGCUGCUCAUGCCCCGGGUAAACUGCAGAUCCCCGCUGGGCCCAAUGAUUGCAGUGCAGACUUUAAUCUGGAUUACUCGUGAGGAUCAUUCUUCAUUUCGGAUAAGCUCUCUAGCCCUCCACCUGGCCAUGCAGUGAGUUCAAGGCCCUAAUCCGGUUGUACAACAGAAUUUACACCAGCCCUGAGCCCGGAAAGAUGGUGUCACAGUCUACAGGCCAGCGGGAUUCUCCCGUGGACCCCUGGGAAGGGGUCAUCGAUGAGGCUGGUGACAUUGAUGGUUCACCCAGCCUCCUGGACACUGACCAUCCCCCUUGCCAAUCAGAUGUGAGGUUCACGAGGCCCAGAGCUGCCUGGGUUAACCCCCAGUGUGUGCAGCAACAGCUGCAGGAUCUGCGCCCCCAGGUGCCGACAGUUCGGAACAGUGGAAGCCACUCUGUGGGGGAUGCAACCUCUCCCUUGGGCCCUUCACCGUCGUUCCCUGGGGACUCCAUGGUGGAGACAUCAUUUUCAGAGGAUGCUGCAGAUGCCAUGGGCAGCAACGCUGCCCAGAGCUCAGGUGAAAAGAGCAGUGACUUCUCUUGUACCUCAACGGAAGAGCGAGCGGUGCUCCCGAGCCGCUCUCCUCGGAUGCCUCUGUUCACAAGCUCCAAGAUUUUGGCUGCUUCCCCGUGUCCUGACAAUGCUGAGGCUGACAAUGCUUUUUUCAAGCCUUCCUAUUUGACAGCUUCUGCUGAUGAAGGUGCUGUUCAAGCCAACGGAAGAAACAUUUCUCUGAAUUCCUUCCCACCAGAGGCCUUUGUGCUCCCUGUCGAUGUAGAAAAGGAAAACGCCCACUUUUAUGUUGCGGAUAUGAUUAUAUCAGCAAUGGAGAAGAUGAAGUGGGACAUCCUGAGUCAACAGCACCCAGAGAACUGGAGUGUGGAAGAAGCCAGUAGGUCAUCUGGGGAUGAUCAAGCUGACUCUGAAGUGACCUUUUCUCCCAACGUAAAGCAGGAGUCUGGGUCUUCCACUUCUUCAGACAGUGGCUAUGAAGGUUGUGCUGUGUUACCGAUCAGCCCAGUGGUUGAAACACCUACUUACUAUGAUGGGAUGAAAGAGGACUGCAAAUGUGACCUUGAUGAAUUUGUUAUUGUAGAACUUGGAGAGUUUGGCAAUACCACAGAAACCUGCGGAUGUGCCUGCAGCUCCCCCAAGAGUAUUAUUUAUGAGCUAGACUUCAGUUCUGCUGAGCUAACAGCCAAAGAGUUGUACCGAGUAUUCCGGAAGUGCUGGAUGUUGUCAGGAGUUAAUUAUCAGCUGGCAGGUUCCCUGGAUGCAGCUGGCUCAAUAGUUGUAAAUGAAGAGUGUGUCCGAAAAGACUUUGAAUCCAGCGUGGAUGUAGUACAGGAAAUUAAAUUUAAGUCGAGGAUCAGAGGAACUGAAGACUGGGCGCCCCCUAGAUUUCAGAUCAUAUUUAAUGUUCAUCCACCACUCAAGAGGAACCUUGUGGUAGCAGCCCAGAAUUUUUUCUGUGCUGGCUGUGGAACUCCAAUAGAACCUAAGUUUGUGAAGCGGCUCCGGUACUGCGAAUACCUGGGGAAGUACUUCUGCGACUGCUGCCACUCGUACGAGGAGUCCUGCAUCCCUGCCCGGAUCCUGACUGCGUGGGACUUCAGGAAGUACCACGUCAGCAAUUUCUCCAAACGGCUACUGGACAGCAUCUGGCACCAGCCCAUUGUCAAUUUGUUGAACGUCAGCCACAGCCUGUAUGCGAAGGCCGAGGAACUGGACAGAGUGAGGGAAACCCAGGAGCAGCUUUUUCAUAUCAAGAAGUUGUUGAAAACCUGCAGGUUUGCUGAAAGUGUAUUAAAGGAGUUUGAGCAGGUGCCGAGACACUUGACUGAUGAGCUGCACCUGCUCUCUCUGGAGGACCUGGUCAGGCUCAAGAAAGGGUUGCUGGCGCCCUCGCUCAAGGACGUCCUGAAAGCUUCCCUGGAGCACGUCAACGGCUGCGAGCUGUGUCAAGGAAAGGGCUUCAUUUGUGAAUUUUGCCGGAGUACAGCCGUCAUCUUCCCAUUUCAGACAUCAACAUGUAGAAGAUGUUCAGUGUGCAGAGCGUGCUUCCACAAGCAGUGUUUCCAGUCCUCCGAGUGCCCCCGGUGUGCGAGGAUCACAGCUAGGAGAAGACUUUUGGAAAGUUCGCCCUCCACAGAGACGUGAUGCCCCUGAGUAUUGUGAAAAAGACUGUUCAACAUGCCUUAUAACACGGAUUUGUGUCUGUUAUUGAUAACAUUGUUUUAGAUAUCGGGUAUUGUAUAUUAAGAAAAAAGAUGGCCAAUGUUCUCUUUAUUAUAUAUAUUUAAUUUUUUAAAAGAAUGCAGAUACUUUAUUAUUAAGCAUAUGGUUGUUGCUGGUGGUUUUGUUUACAAAUGUUCAAUGUUUUUGCUGCUACUGUUUUUUUUUUAAGAGUUUUUUUGGUACUUCUUAAGUUGUAUUUUAAUAGUUGUAUUUAGCUAAUGUUGGAGCCUAUUUUUUGUGGACUGUAGCUGACAAGAUGAAUUACUCAGUUCUUCUUCCUGUAAAGCUUGUUUUGUGAAAUGGAUUGGUACUGUCGAUGAACAAAAAUGCAACCAAAAAUGUUUGCUCGGGAUUUUUUUCCGACUUAAAUGCCAUUUUUGUAAUUGUAUCAGUCUUACAGAUUUUACUUAUUCCAAGGUUUGUGUUAGAGUACACAUUGCUUCUGCCACUACAUCUAUUUUAAGAUCCUUGAAUUGCUUAGCAGUGCGUGGAGGUGCCAUUUGAAGCAGUUGCCUCUAGAUGGCGCCCGUUCAGAUGGCACAAAAUCAAACCUGUGUUUGUCAUCUCUGUUUCACAUGCUAAAUCAAGGGAUGCUCCCGUGAGCAGAACUUUAUCUCUGCCCUUUAGGGUUUUGUCUCAUCCAUAUAAAACUGAGAAUAAGGUAUUUUCAGACUUAAAUUGUGGGAAAAUACUGUUAAUGAACAAUGUAAUUCUAGUAAUAACAUGAAAAUCAUAGACAUCAAUUAACAAGGUUAGGUGAAUUACUAAACCGUUAUGAAUUUCUUUUUCCUAAUAUUUCUUUUUACUUAUAUGCUUUCUUGAAACAGGUGACCCUAUUUUUUUCUUCUACCUCCUAUAUACUUUCUCCUACUUGAGAAAGGGCCCUGGGGCUGGGUCCCUGCCUGGUACAUCUUGUCUGGAAUGUGGGUGUCAUUUCCCCCCUGGGAUUCACAUGUCCUAACUAAACCGACUCUGAGUGAACUCCUAAACAGCACAGGCAGGCAAUAAAAAGGUCCAGGUCUGGGCCGGCCAGUGGCCUAGUGGUUAAGUGCGCACCCUCCACUUUGGCGGCCCGGGGUUCGCAGGUUCGGAUCCCGAGCUCGGACCAAUGCACCGCUUAUCAGGCCAUGCUGUGGCGGCGUCCCAUAUAAAGUAGAGGAAGAUGGGCAUGAAUGUUAGUCCAGGGCCUGUCUUCCUCAGCAAAAAGAGGAGGAUUGGCAUUGGAUGUUAGCUCAGGGCUAAUCUUCCUCACACACACAAAAAGGUCGUCCCCUAAACCCAUCCACUCCUCUGUGUGUGUGUGUGUGUGUGUGUGUGUGUUUUAUUCAGUGGGAUAUUAUUGGGCACAUGGAAGAAAUGAGUGUCUCCUAUCAACUCUUAUUCUGUCACUUGUUUUCCCAUCCUGGAUGCCUCUGCCAGAUCUGUGCUCCCAUUUGUUAUUUAAGCUGGGUCUCUUUUAAAUGGAAAUUCAGGCACAUGGGAUAAGAUAAAUAAGAUCAAAUUUAAAACAAUAUUUUAUUCUUACCCAUAGCUUAUAUUCCCUGUUAGGAAUCAAGGGUUGGGGUGGUAGGUUGAUAUUCCUUAUAACAGCUCUAUGAGGUUCAUGUCAAUAUCUUCAUUUUACAGGUCAGGAAACUGAGGCUUCAAGAAGGGAAAUAAUUUACCUAAGUUCCCACAGGGAGUGCAUGGUAGAGCUGGGGUUGGCGUUCGAGUCCGCCUGCCUCCAAAGCCCGUGUUCUUAGCCCCUACUUCCUCUGUGGUAUCCUUUUGAGAUAAUACAAGCAAAACCACCCUAGACUUGUGAGUGCUGGUCAAACCUGAGUUAGUGGCAUUGAGCUGAGUGCUUGCUCACGACAUUCCCUUGUGUUGAUUUAGGAAGUUGCUGUGGCUUAUGCAUUGUCGGAAGGGCUCCAUGUUCCUGCUGCUGUGUUUGUAAGGUACUGGCGAGUGUGUGUGUGCGUGUGUGUGUGUGACACAUCUUUGAUGUUGAGGAAGAGUGCACAGCAGCUACCAGGAAGUGAUGCUUUUGAUUCUCUAUUUUGAGGAAGAAUGAGGCAACCACUCUACGGGUUUGAGACCUGGUUCCUCCCCACCCACAGUGGUAGUACAGGCUCCUUCCUAAUAAGGUGCCUGUGAGAACAGAGAAGUGGCGUCAGCCCACUUGCAGCACCCUGUAGGGAAGUAAUUAGUUGUGACAUAUAUUACUCUUUAAUGGGAUUUACUCCUCGCCUGGUUUUCUGUGCGACUCUUCCUUAGCUGCCAGAAGGAAGAGGAAGACUUGGUCUUUCUCGUCAGACGUCACCCACAAUGAGGCAUCGAUUUGCAGUGCUGGGAUCUCAAUGAUUAAUUUUCUGCCUUUACACUGUUCACUUGGAAAAUUCCAGUAACAUGUCCUUUACAGUCAUGAUUCUCAGCUGCAGGUAGUGCGUUACACCCGGGGAUGUGGAGCGAGGAGGGGUUAGCCAUCUCGGUGUUGAUCGGGUGAGAAGUAUUGGAUUGAUUUCCAGGUCUGCCACUUCUUACCUGGGUGACUCUGGGCAAGCUACUUAAGUUAUCUGAGCCUCUGUUUGUAAAAUGGGGGAUAAUAACUACAUGCAGUUGAUACCAGGAUUAGAAAUAAAAAAUGAAGGACUUAGCAGUGGGCUUGGUACAAGCGAGGGCUCAAUAAGUGGUAAUGAUUAGGUCUACAAAUUAAAACUGAGUUUUACCACCUAUGUUCUGUAUCUUUGGAGAGUUACUCUCUGAGUCUCAGUUUAACAUGAGGAUUAGAACAAUACCUACUAUUGUGGGUUGAACUGCGUCCCCCCAAAUGAUAUGUUGACGUUCUAACUCCAGGUACCUGUGAAUGUGACCUUAUUUGGAAAUAGAGUCUUUAAGGAUGUGAUUAAGUUAAUAUUAGGUGAUAUGGAAUUAAGUGGACCCUGAUCCAAUGACUGGUGUUCUUAUAAGAAGAGGGAAAUUUGGACAGAGAUAUAGACACAGAAAUCAAAGGGGGAACGCCAUGUGAAGGAGGCAGACAUUGGGGUGAUGCGUCUAGAAGCCAAGGAACACUCAGGAUUGCUGGCAGCCAGCAGAAGCUAGGAGAGAGGCAUGGAACAGAUUCUCCUUCAGAGCCUCCGGAAGGAACCAGUCCUGCUGACACGUUGAUUUCGGACUUCUAGCAUUCAGAACUGUGAGAGAAUAAAUUCCUGUUGUUUUGACCCACUCAGUUUGUGGUAAUUUGUUACAGCAGCCCUAA